AUGUCCUCUCCCGCCCCUGUCCCGUCGAAGGCUGCGAUCCAUGCGCUUCGAGGUCUUCUCUUUGGAACAUCAUGCUCUCUCGUACUAUUAGCCGAGGAGCGUCGCCAGCGAAUAAAGCUUGCUCGGUCCGCGGUCGAGAACGGCAGGAGAUUGAAGUCUCUGAAACGAUACAGCACCAGCGGCGCCGCCGCCCUCGAGGCCCUCCAGGAAGAAGUCGCCACUGAUACCAACUUCAUUGGCUGGUCAACCCGGCCGCGAAGUCACUUUUCUUCCCACGAACAAGGCAGGCUGUCAUAUGAUAGCUCGUACCUGGAUAAUGCCAAUGACGCCGCUUCCGAUGCACCACGACCAACGAGAGCAGCGAGCGACCGGCCUGCCACACAAACUUCCUCGGGCCAUAUAGUAGCAACGCCAGGGCAACGUGGACGAUCCGCCUCAGACGCCGUGAAGAGAUGCAGCAAUGAUCCGUCAUGGACCAGAUUUCCGUCCCCGGCUCCCGCGAUACAGGCCCUGCCCAGCGGACAUGGCGUUCCAAUGUUGGUGGAGAGUCGUAGGAAUACAAGCCUUAUGAAAAAGCCCACCAUUGCCGCGGCAGUGGAGCGCGUGGUGAGGGAACAUCCCCACAUUGGAGGGCCCGGUGGACUGCAAGACCUGUUACUUGAUCCGGUACAACAACUACAACGUAACCUCCACGCCCCGAUCACUGCUUUAAAUAUUGUCAGCCGAGCGUACAAGUCUGUUGAAAGGUCGCAAGAGUUGCCUGGCUGGGUGUCAGACUUGACCUCACUGCUGUCAACGGCUUGCCAGCAGGAAGGUGAUGUCGACAUCGCUGGGCAAAUCAUGGAGUUUGCGGUCAAUCACGGGUCUAUCAAAGAAUGCAACAUACUGGCCAGUCGUCUCAUUGAGGUCGUUGAAGCACUGGUGUCUCGGGAGAGCUUGGAAGGACUCGCUGGCGAACACCUCUCCGACCGGCUACAUCUGGCGUCAAGACUGUACAUGGGCAAUGUCGAUCUUCUGCCACCGGAACAGUCGACGCUGCGAUUUGACUAUGUUCGGAUCGGGAAAGAACUUAUUGGCCGUGCUCUUGAGGCACAUUGUUCAAUCGACGUUAUUCAACUCGUGCAACAAGUCAAUGCUCGGAACCAGGAUAAGCUUGGUACCACGGUCUGGUUCAUGCUGCAGCUCGCCGAACAUGGCCAGCAUAUUCUGGCCAUCGAUGCUUUCCUAAGAAUUUUUGCGAAACUCGACCGUACCUCGGCGUAUUCCAAGAGAAUUUGUACCGGCAUUGUCGAGUCGAUCAUCGCCUCUCGCGGUUACGAGUGCAGGGAGGUUUUACGGAGUAUCAACCAGCUCAGGGAGCGCGACGGCUGGGACAUGCCAAAACUGUGGUUGAGAGACCUGAUAUGGGUAUACUGGAAUUCGACGCGCAAUUUCGCGGGCGCCAUCCAGCUCUUCAACGACGCGCAGGAGAACCGCUUCUAUGGGAUUGAGAACACAUACGAUAUCCAGUCCAGGAUGGUGCGGAUCUGCAUUGAAGCCAACCAAACCGAAACGGCUCAGCUGCACUUGGAAAAACUCGUUGCAACGUACUCGAAGGCCCGAGACGACGUCGAAAUUAUCGGCGAGUUCAUCCUGCAGAAGGCCGACAAAGGGGACUGGGCCGCAGUCCGCAACGACUUCGAAGCAAUGAAGCCGAUGCAAACCAUUACCAGGCAUAACCGAGAACACUUCAAGCGUGUUUUCGUAGCAACACUGCAAACAUACGCAAAAACUCACACGUGGGGCGAAGUGGAAAUGUUCCUCGAAGCAUACAUCCUGGAGUUCGACCUACGUCUCGAUCGUCAUCUGGUUGCGUUCAUCGCUGAAAGACACGCAAAAUGUCGAGAUGUGCAGGCGCUCAAGCGAUGGCUGAUUUUCUGCAAGGACGCGGGGUACACGGCGGAUGGCAGUUUCUGGACCUCUAUGUUGACAAGCUGCAAGAGGGACUGGAGAUACGAUACCCAACAGAUACUGGAUCUCUAUCGCGCCAUGGAGGGCGCCGGUUUUGAUGCCGCCUUCCCCGGUCUUGAACAAUGUGUCAAAAAACUCACGUUGACCAACACGGUCGAGCGGGCAAAACGAGUUCGGGUGGCGGCUUAUAUGGUAAGCCCUGCCAACGAGGCCUCUGCUUUUGAUCGCAUGAAGGUCGAAGCCCAGCUCGGCAACUGGAGGCGCGUGCUGGCCGUCUACAAACGCGCUGUGCACAAUGGUAUGGGACACACGAGUCGGUGUCUCAAGUUGGCCAUCAGAGCUACGGUUCAUUUCGAGGGCUCCAAGAGCAGGCAAGCCAUGUCCUUGUUAAGCCAGGCGCAAGCUGAAGGCUGCGAUGUCAGAGAUGCCAUGUACCCGAUUGUCUUCACACAGCUUGAGGAAAUCGAAAAGGCCCACAAGGAGACUGUGGCGGGCCGUGAAGACGGCAGAGGACGGCCUUUUCCCUACAUCAAGGCCAUCUUCGACGAUCUGCGAGACAAACGGCUGCACAUUGAUGACGGCCUCUUUAACCGCGCCGCCCGGAUCUGCCAGGCUUUGCGCAACUACCGGGAGAUGAUCACUUUCUGCAUCAUCGCAGCCGAGGUCAACGGCCGCAAUGACCUCUGCUACAGCGUCCACAACUUCUCCAACCUCCUGACCGCCUAUGUCCUUCGCCACGAGUACGAUAAGGUGCGCUGGCUACUCGCUGAGCUCAAGAACCGCGAGUACCGCACCUCGAGGGAGUGCCGGCGCGCCCUGCACUGGGCGCUCAACUAUCUCAAGCAGAGCUCGAGGGCCGCCAAGUCGGAAGAGUUGAAGAAGUCGGAUCUAGAGAUCAUGGCGCUUAUCCACGAGGCCCGUGUCACUGUCGGCGAUGAGAACCGCGGGCAAAAGACCGAGGCGCGCGAGGUGCUCCUCCGCGUCAUCUCCCAGAGCGGGGUCAAAUCCAACGGCGCGGGCAAAGCUGCGAGUCUCGCGCCGGCUGUCCAGGCAGAGGAGCAGAUAUGGGACGCCGCGAGCGAGGAGGAGGAGGACGAUGUGUCCCCCUCUCCAUCCAGGAUCGUCCGACACGUCGGACUACGCACAGGAAAGUACACCAGGGGACUUGGCCCAGCAAAGACAGGGUUCCAGCCGGCCAAAGGAGCGUGGUCGUGGAGCUCGACUACUGUUAGAUAA